AGGUGAACUGUGUAUUCGCAUGACUCGUGGUGUGUGUGUGUAUACAAGUGUGUGAAAACUGACUAUAUGUGAAUGACUGAAGCUAACGUGUGACACCGGGAGGUCAGAAACGUCGAGGAAUAACGUUUUAGCCGGUGGAAGUUUGAUUCUCUCCGAAAUAAGCUACAGUUUCUCAUGGCAAAGCGAGAGGAGAAGAUCUGUAAAUAAAAGAUUUAACGGAACUUGUCAAGGACUAAAGAUAAAGAUAACCACACAAGAAAGAGGCAUAUUCUGGAAUCGUAAUAUGAAAAAGGAGCAGGCAGAAACAUUAGGUUUUGUCCCUCAAAAAGACAUCGUCUACAACAAACUCCUUCCUUAUGCAGAUAAACUAGACGAUGAAUCCAAUGACAUUUUGUCUCGAAUCAAAGGGAACUUGGGUCGCGCCGUCCAACUCAGAGAGUUAUGGCCCGGAGUUUUGUUCUGGACAAGAAAACUCUCAACGUACCUUCGUCUUUAUGGGAGAAAGUUCAGCAAAGAGGACCAUGUGCUCUUUGUUAAGCUCUUGUAUGAGCUGGUCACCAUCCCUCAGCUGGAAAUCAGUAUGUUGCAGGGCUUUGCACGACUCCUAAUCACCUUACUCAAAAAAAAAGAACUGCUCUCACAGGAUGACCUUGAGUUGCCUUGGAGGCCUUUGUAUGAGCUCUAUGAGAAGAUCCUUUACUCCAAAACUGAACAUCUUGGGCUCAACUGGUUCCCAAAUUAUCAAGCAGAAGCCUCCCCUAAACAAAAAAUGCUUAAUUUUGUGCGCAAGCGCUCUGUGGAGAAUGUGCUGAAGACACUGGUGAAGAGUUGCAGAUUGUAUUUCCCCGAUUCAGCAACGCAGGAGAUAUUGGAUGAGUGGCGCCCAUUGCUGUGCCCAUUUGAUGUCACUAUGCAGAAAGCCAUCAGCUACUUGGAGCUUUUUCUCCCAACCAUCAUGCCUCCAGAGAAGCACCAUAAAGGCUUCAAGCUGUGGUUUGAUGAGCUGAUGGGUCUGUGGGUCUCUGUACAAAAUCUACCUAGCUGGGAGGGGAAUCUUGUGAAUCUUUUUGCCCGGUUGGCCAAUGACAACAUCGGCUACAUCAACUGGGACCCUUAUAUCCCCAAGAUUUUCACUAGAAUCUUACGAAGUUUCAACUUGCCUGUCGGUACAAGUCAGAUGAUGGUUCCUAAGUACCUCACAAACUCUUAUGACAUUGGCCAUGUUGUCCUCUGGAUCUCUUCCAUGCUGGGAGGGGUUCAGAACCAGGCCCAGAAGCAGCUCAAUGGUCUUUUUAACAGUAUCGCCUCCUUCUACCACCCUUCCAACAAUGGCCGCUGGCUGGUAAAGCUGAUGAAGCUUCUGCAGCGUUUGCCAGCAAGUGUGGUUAGACGGCUACAUCGCGAACGCUAUAAGAAACCUUGCUGGAUCACUCCAAUACACCCAAGCCAUCGCCUUACUGAUGACAACAUCACAGAGUUUGUGGAGAGCAUGAAGCAACCUGUUCUGAUGGCCAUGUUCAGUAAGACAGGCAGCAUGGAUGCAGCCCAAGCACUGCAGAAUCUAGCUCUGAUGAGACCAGAGCUGGUCAUUCCGCCUGUGCUGGAAAGGACAUACCCUGCCAUGGAGACCUUAACAGAACCACACCAGCUGACCGCUACACUCAGCUGUAUGAUUGGUAUGGCUCGCAGCCUGGUCGGUGGUGGACGACACUAUCCAGAAGGCCCUGCUCAUGUGCUGCCACUGCUGAUGAGGGCUCUGCCCGGUGUAGACCCCAAUGAUUUCAGCAAGUGCAUGAUAACAUUCCAGUUCAUUGCUACCUUUACUACCCUUGUGCCUUUGGUGGACUGCUCCUCUGCCCUCCAUGAGCAGAAUGACUUGUCAGAGAUAGAGAGAGAGUUGUGUUCAGCCUCAGCUGAGUUUGAGGACUUUGUCUUGCAGUUUAUGGACAGGUGCUUUGCACUGAUUGAGAGCAGUACUCUAGAGCAGACACGAGAAGAGACGGAGACAGAAAAAAUGACUCACGUGGAGAGUCUUGUGGAGCUUGGUCUGUCCUCCACCUUCAGCACCAUCCUCACUCAGUGUUCCAUAGAAAUAUUCAAGGUGGCUCUUGAGAAAGUGUUUAACUUUGCCACUACCAAUAUCUUUGAGACACGUGUGGCAGGUCGAAUGGUGGCAGACAUGUGCAGAGCUGCAGCUAAGUGUCAUCCAGCUGAGUCGUUGAGACUGUUCGUGCCCCACUGCUGCAACGCUAUCAGUCACAUCACUGCUAAUGAGGAUGUUUUGAAUGAAGAGGAGCUGGAUAAAGAGCUGCUGUGGAACCUUCAGCUGCUUUCUGAGGUGACCCGUGUAGAUGGAGAGAAGUUGCUGCCAUACCGUACACAGUUGGUACAGAUCCUGCAGCUGACACUGCGGCUGCGCUGUAAGCAGGGCUACAGUCUGGCCUGCAACCUGCUGCAUCAUGUCCUGCGCUCCAUGGCCCUUACCUACCCCACAGACUACUGCAGCAUGCCUGGUGGCUUUAACAGACCACUCAGCGAAUAUAUGCCCAUUAAGGCCUGGGGCCUUUCAGGAGACCUGUGGAACCUGCAGAUCCAUUGGCAUGUGGCCAGUGCAGAGGAGAAAGCCUUUUUAUACUAUAUAUUAGACCUUCUACUCCAGCCAGAGCUGCAACGCCUGCAAAGAUAUGCCCAGGGAGAGCAGAACAUGAGCAGGGAUGAUGUUCUACAGAGUUUGUCAGUUGUGCAGCACUGCUUACUGGGGGCUGGCUGCAUGUUGCCCCCUUUGGAUGGACCCCCUGUUACUGGCCUAGUUAAUAGCUCAGUUAGACUGCAGGAGACAAAGAACUAUGUUGGGGUUGAAUAUGAUGAGUCCAGAGAGAACUACAGAGAGGCCAUCUAUAAAGUUAUGAGACAGCUACUGCAUUACAUCCUGGAGCAAUCGGAGGAUGACACCAAGUCCCUUUUUGCCAUCAUCAAGAUCAUCAAUGACCUCAUGCAUUUUAAAGGCUCCCACAAGCACGAGUUUGACUCUCGUUGGAAGAGUUUUACUUUGGUUAAGAAAUCUAUGGAGAAUCGACUCCAUGGAAAGAAGCAACACAUACGAGCCCUACUCAUAGACAGAGUACUUCUGCAACAUGAGAUGCGUAAACUUCUAGUGGAUGGCUGUGAAUACAAAACUGUCCACCAGGAUCUGCUCAGAGACCUUCUGCAUCUGUCCACCAGCACCUACAGUCAAGUCCGCAGUAAGGCUCAAAGCGUUUUGUUCACUGCUCUGGCAACUUAUAACUUCUGCUGUCGAGACCUCACUCCUAAAGUGCUGGAGCUGCUCGAGCCAGCCCGAACCGAUGUAACUCAGCAGCAGUUCAAGGGUGCUCUGUAUUGUCUGUUGGGGAAUCAUGGAGGUGUUUGUCUGGCUAACCUGCAUGACUGGGACUGCAUUACUCUGACAUGGCCAGCCCUUGUGCGCUCAGGCCUUAGUCCUGCCAUGUCCUUGGAGAAACCCUCCAUUGUCAGGCUCUUUGAUGACCUUGCAGAUAAAGUCCAUCGUCAGUAUGAGACAAUCGGCAUUGACUUUACCGUACCCCAGAGCACGGUGGAGGUUGGCCGCAAGAUCACAGAGUCAGGUAGCCCUGUUGCUCACAUUAGUCCUCCAUCAGAACAGGAGCUGGCCCAGGGACUUGCCAUGGAGCGAGCCAGAAAUCUAGAAGCUGUGAGGAAUUAUGAAAAGCUGGUUCAUGAUCUAUUAGAUCAACUCAGUGAAAGAGACCUACCAUGGAAGUUUGAGCACAUGGCCAUCGGCUUCCUUUCCCUCCUGCUGAGAGAUGAUUAUCCUCUACCUUCUCCAGCUGUUCACUUCUUUGUCCAAAGUCUCAAUCAUGAUGCACUUGUUGUGCGCAAGGUGGCAAUAUCUGCUGUAGCAGGAAUCCUCAAGCAGCUGAAAAGGCCCCGCACAAAAGUGGCCAUCGCACCCAGUGACAUCAGUGGAGUGAUGGAGCCAAAGGAAUUGGUAGCUGGAGACAGACCAGGAAAUGACUGGCUUCAGUAUCAUGCAGAUCGCUUACCCUGCACUCAGCAGGACUGGGACAAUUUCCAUUUUGUGGAGAAGACUCACUGGGGUUACUACUGCUGGCCGAAAAAGUUAAUGUUAUAUGCUCCUCUGGAGCAGCAGCUGAAAGACCUCAGGCCAGAGGAGAUGAAUGAGAGUGAACGAAUCAUCUAUGACCAUUUCUCGAACCCAAUGUUCAUCAAUCAGCUCAUUGAGUUUUUGUCACUUGAGGACCGCAAGGGAAAAGACAAAUUCAAUCCACGUCGUUUCUGCCUGUUUAAGGGUCUAUUUAGGAACUACAGUGAUGCCUUCCUGCCGGUGCUUAAACCUCACAUGGAGCGUUUGGCAGGUGAUUCCCACGAGAGUACACAACGCUGUGUGGCUGAGAUCGUUGCUGGCUUAGCGAGAGGCAGCAAGCACUGGAGCUUUAGUCAGGUGGAGGCCCUGUGGAAAUUCUUGAUUCCUUUGAUGAGAAGAGCACUUUCCAACAUCACAGUGGAAACCUACACUGACUGGGGCACAUGUGUAGCUACUGCCUGUGAGAGCAGGGACCCACGGAAACUUUACUGGCUGCUGGAGAUGCUGAUGGAAUGUCCUCUUAGUGGAGAAGGAGGGUCCUUUGUAGAUGCCUGUCGUCUGUAUGUGCUACAGGGGGGUCUGGCUCAGCAGGAGUGGAGGGUGCCGGAGCUGCUGCAUAGACUUCUGACCUACCUAGAGCCCAAACUCACUCAGGUGUACAAAAAUGUACGAGAGCGUAUCGGCAGCGUGCUGACAUACAUUUUCAUGAUUGACGUCAGUCUGCCAAACACACUACCCACAAAGUCCCCUCACAUCACAGAGUUCACAGAAAGGAUCAUGACUUGCCUGAAACCACUGCUGGAAGGGGAAGAGGAGAUCCAGAACCAUGUAGUGGAAGAAAAUGGAGUGGGUGAGCAGGAUGAAAGAACUCAGGCCAUCAAACUUCUAAAAACCGUACUCAAGUGGCUGAUGGCCAGCGCCGGACGUUCCUUCACCACUCCGGUAGCUCAGCAGCUCCAGCUCCUGCCUCUGCUUUUCAAGAUCGCUCCUGUAGAGAAUGAUGACAGCUACGAUGAACUGAAGAGGGAUGCAAAGACCUGCUUGUCUCUCAUGUCUCAGGGCCUCCUCUAUCCAGAGCAGAUUCCUCUGGUACUCAGCGUGCUGAAAGAAAUUGCAGGGAGCAGCUCAUGGCAUGCGCGCUAUUCUGUGCUCACCUAUUUACAAAUAAUGGUGUUCUACAACCUGUUCACAAUCCUGAGCAAUGAACAAGCAGUCCAAAGUAUACGGGCUCUCGUCGUCAGGCUGCUGGAGGAUGAGCAGCUAGAGGUGAGAGAAAUGGCAGCCACUACUCUGAGUGGUUUCCUGCAGUGUAACUUCUUUACCAUGGACAUCUCCAUGCAGACUCAUUUUGAGGCUCUAUGCAAAACCAGGCUGCCUAAGAAGAGGAAGAGAGACUUGGGCUCUGUCGUGGACACCAUACCCUCAGUCGAUCUAGUGCGGCGUCAUGCCGGAGUGCUCGGUCUCAGUGCCUGCAUUCUGUCCAGCCCAUAUGAUGUGCCCACUUGGAUGCCCCAGUUGCUCAUGGACCUUAGUGCCCACCUCAACGACACGCAACCCAUUGAGAUGACGGUGAAAAAGACUUUAUCUAAUUUCCGCCGGACUCACCAUGAUAAUUGGGUGGAGCACAAGCAGCAGUUCACAGAUGACCAGCUAGUGGUGCUCACAGACCUGCUUGUGUCACCAUGCUACUACGCCUAGACAGGACCGACCUCCUGUGGAUUUGACCUCCCACUCGAGCCAUUCUUCCAGCCAUAAAUAUCUGGUCUCUUCAGAAGCUGUGAGGACAGGUUGAGAUAUGGAAAUUUUAGGAAAAAUUCAUUUUAGUUAUUUAACUUUGACUACAUUUACAUUGCAGGCAAAAAUUGGGCCAUUUCCUAUUUCUUUUAACGUCACACAUUUUUCACACGAGAAUCCAUCUGCCUUUCUUGUUUAUACACCUGUGGCAAUGCAGUGUUAUCAUGUACAGUUAUGGUUCUCCUAGAUCAAUCCAACUAGUCUUCAGUCUAGCAUUGAGAAUCUAUUAAAAACAGUCGUCCUUGGCGUCUCAGUGUUCUGCAGGAUAUUUGUGUCUGAAUAGAGGUAUGGUGCAGUUCUACCACUAUGGUCUCACAUUUCUUUCCACUGACAGCCAACAUGACUUCACAGAUGUUUUUCAUAAAAUCUUAAACCAUUUUUGUUCAUUUUGCAUUAAGAUCUAUUUGUUUGAAAAUACAUUAACCACAAAUAUCGCUUCAGGUUAGUUACUAUUGUCACUUCACCCAGUGAAGUUUGUAAACGAAUGCCAAGAAAUGUCACAUGAACAGUUAUCUGAAAUGAGCACUUAAGCUUCGAGGGUUAAUGUAGUAUCAGCAGUCUUUAGAUUGACGCUUUCUCGAUCAAGGCCAAAUGAAGUCUAAAGGUGGGCACCGAGCGAUCCUCCUGCGUACGGUAUGGUGAAACUGAGGCCCUUUAAAAAACCAGCACCACCAGACACACCAGUCUGUGCUACUGUAGUAUGUGAUCAUCAGAAGCUCUGUACUGUCUCAUGGGGUCUUACUCAAAAUGAUCUCAGUUCACAUGCCGUCGUAAUUAUUUUUGUCUCAUUCUUGUAUUUAUAUUUGUGUAUGUAUAUAUACUGUACAUAUGCACAUAUCUAUGCAUAAUGUAAUUCUUUUACUAAGAUUUACAUGUCAAGUCUACUGGAAAAGAACAGUUUUUUUGCCAGACUAAUUUUAGGCACCAGUCAUGAGAGUGGAAUUAUGUGCGAGAUGAAAAUAUUUGAAGUACAUGUGUAUGUUGGUUUGUCACGUGUGUGUGUGUGUGUGUGUGUGUGUGUGUGUUGGCACACACGUUCAUAGUUUAAUGUUAUGUGGCAUGUGACUGGGGAUCCUCACAUCAUUCUCCAUCUAUAUACAGACUUUUCUUUCUUGUACGUUGUACUUCAAGCCACCCUUAUGUAAAAGCAGUAGCUGUUGUUUGACAUGUUUAUUUACACAAUCAAAUAUCUUUACAUUAUGCCUGUUUAAGUCCAGCUGGGAGUGAACCAUGGAUAGGCCCGUUCUUCAUUGUGGCACAUCCAUACUGGCAACACUGUGUAGCUUAGUGCCAAAACUGCAAUGACAUUUUAUUUUUUUUUUCUUCUUUCUUUUUUUUUAGGUGUACUGUUUGUUUGCUUGUUUUACCUAAGAAUAUGCCAAUAAAUGUUUUUAAAAAAAAGGAACACAA